ACUUUUCUCACGCUGUCAGAGUGUGAGGAAAGUACUGCCAAGAACCGGCAGUUGUCAGAGCAGGGAUCAGCACCGCUCAUCAGUGCCCUGAUGAUCGGUGCCCAGCAGCGCCACCCACCAGUGCCGCCCACCUGUGCCCAGCAGUGCUGCCCACCUGUGCCCAGCAGUGCCGCCCACCUGUGCUGCCACCAGUCAUGCCCAGCAGUUGCGCCAGUCAAUGCCUAGCAGUGCCGCCAGUCAAUGCCCAUCAGUGAUGCCAGUCAGUGCCACCUAUCAGUGCUGCCUAUCAGUACCCAUCAGUGCCGCCUAUUAGUGCCC